ACUUUUCAAAGAGGAUUAACGGGGUUCGUGCAUCGGUGCUGCAGCCUGGAAUGAUUUUGUAAUAUAACAACCAAGAACGAACCAUGAGAUGGCAUUCAAAGGCAAAGCGGUGGACUCGAAGGCUGGAUCACUUUGACGGAUUGAUUCCAUUCGACUUCAAAACCGAACCUGCUGAAUCCAACUCCAAAUACCUGGUGAACCUCCUGUCCUUGGAGCUCACCUACUUCUGCAGCGGCCUUUUUUUUGCUGCAGUUGUGAGGAGGAGGGUGUGGGACUACGCCCUCACGGUCACACUUCUUCAUGUAAUGAUCACCAGUCUAGUUAUGUUGGAGUUUCCCAUGGUGUGGCAGUGGUGGCUGGCUUUAGGUAGCGGCUUGUUUCUGAUGAUAUGCAACGGUCAGCUGAUAGCUUACUUCACCUGCCAGAGCGACCAAAGCUACGCAUCUUUCAGCAUCUACUGAAAGACAGGAAGCCACUCGCAGUAUGAACUGUUUCCUUAACAGUCUUGUGAAGUGAGGUAGAAAGGAUCAGACCAGAUGCUCUCAUCCUGGAGACACCCAUUAAGUUCUCAACAGUGAUGGGCUUUUUGUGUUCGACACUAAAAAAAAGAAAGAAAAAAAACUCCUUCCCACUUCCUCACCAUCAAGUCGGAACUGGGUCCGAUUUGUGUUCAAGGGUUGACAACAGGCAUCCUUUGGUUUUAUGUGAAUGCCACAAGGAGAUGCUCUGUGUCCAUUGCUUGUGAUGCACAAUGCCUCUGUUACUGUGCAGGAUUUUAAGGCAGCCUGUUAAGUAUUUCAAAACCCUUUUGUAAGCCGCGAAUGCAAAGCAUAACGGGAAAGUUGCAAUACAUGUUUGUGGUAUAUUUUAAAGAUAAAUGUUAAGUGUU